AAUAGUAGUAUAGAUUACAACCCAAAAAAAAAAAAAAGGACAAUGCUUGCCUUGGUUAGGAGGUUGAGAAUCCACAUGAACAAGAAUCUAAUAAAGCAAUUAGGAGGUUUUGAUUGACAUGACGAUCAUCUUCCAAAGUUCAAACUAGUGCCAGAGAGAGAGAGGAGUUGAUAGAAUAGUGAUUUUGGAAUCCAUAAUUCCAUGGAAGCUGUUACACAACUUACAGAUGCCAUACAAAAGUUAGAAAACAAUAUGUCAGGUGAAUGGAAGACGAGGCUUGGAGAAUUGAGGAAGCAAUACAGUGAGUUAUUAGCAGGAUACCAAUUCAAUGAGUCGAGUUUUACUGACGAUUUUCGAGAAGAAGUCUUGCCCCUUGCUCACUCUGUGGAGGCAGACGCAUUUUCAAUCCUCUGUAGAAGAGAAAAGAAAAUGAGCGGUUUCCUGGGACUUUUCAACUCUUUGAUGAACAAGGCUAUGGAUGAGAACAUAUCUAAUCGCAAAAUCAUAGAGAAACUCUUUGAAGGAGAAAGCAAACUUAAGCAAAAAUUUUGUUUAGUUUUUUGUCAUGUAGAGCUAGAGGGAAAAAAGGUUCACAGAGUAUACAAUUUGGGUGGCUUCGUAUCAAUUUUGGGCGAUGAAGGACCUACCAAAACAACCGUUGCAAGAAAAAUAUACGAAGCAGCUAAGGAUCAGAACAAGUUUGAAAUCUGUGCUUGGGUUACUGUGCUUCCGAAACACGAUAUGCACAAUAUCUACACAACCAUAGCCGAACAACAGGAUUGGCGGUUGGCACGUACUCAUUUGGGAGUAGAGAUUGAGGAACUCCACAAUCUGAGUUUGGAAGAUUUGAUUUCGAAAGUGAAUCAAUGGUUGAAGAGUUGCUCGUUUAUCGUAGUCUUCGAUGGCUGUGACAACUUCUCAUCGAGAAUCAUCCUCAGAUGUUUAAGUCUAUUUGUGAUGGGGACAAAAGGAACAGAGUGGAGUACAGUCAUAUUCACCACCAGCAAUGCACAAAUGUCAGAUGUUACAAGGGUUAUUGAAGUAGUUAAAAGGCCUAUAAGUUUUCAAGAAGGCUGGGAAUUGUUGACCAACACCUACGCAAAGGAGGAAAAGGAUAAACUUGAACAAGUAGGUGCAGCCUCAAUUAACCAAACAGAGAAAGAACUUCUCAUGGGAAUCGUCGGGGAAAUGUCUACACAUUUGCCUCAAGCAACCACCAUGUUGCCUCCUUUACAUAUCACCAACAAGUUAAGGCUCAAGGAGGAAUCAAGUUAUACAGUUUCAGUUUCAGCACUAACAAGCUGGGAUCGGCAAUAUCAAUUGCUGUCUCCAAGGAUGAGGCUUUGUUAUCUUUAUAUGGGGCUUUUUCCCGAAGAAUAUGAGAUCCCCAUUAGAAGAUUAUUCAAGCUAUGGAUUGCAGAGAGACUGGUAAUACCGGAUUUGAAGUCUUCAGAGACCACUACUCUUAUUCCUGAAGAUUUGGCAAUGAGUUAUCUAAUGAAACUUAAAGAAAGUCAAAUGAUAUCUCUUAAGUAUAAAAAUGAACGCCCCAAGACGUGCAGUAUACCAUCAGGAGAUAUGUACAAAUUCUUCUCAAGAAAGGCCAUGGAUCUUGGAACUUUUUAUGUCCAUAAGUCGGCCGAAGACCCGCGUCCCAAGUUCAGUGUUGCACGGCUUGCACAACAUGAUCAUGGCAUCGAGCUCUAUCCUCCCACUUCAGCUGAUCCACAUUCCACUUCAAAUGAUAAACAUUACAUGCAACACCUUCGUUCUUACAUAUCUUUUAAUACCAGAAAGCGGGAUACACCAGCACAAGAGGUAGGUGAUUUUCUUGAUAAACUUGUUGCUAAAAGAGGAUUUGGAUUGCUUAGAGUGCUUGAUCUUGAAAAUGUUUACAAACCAAAGUUACCAGAAGAGACACUUGAAAAACUCUUCUUGCUUGCUUACUUGGGCUUGAGGUGGACCUUUUUGGAUUCACUUCCUGAUUCAGUUGGUGCCCUGCAAUACUUGGAGACUUUAGAUGUCAAACACACUAAUAUUACGACUUUGCCAACUACCAUUUGGAAGGCAAAGAGCCUCAGACAUCUCUAUAUGAACCAAGUUCACUUCGACACGUCCAAUAAGAAAGGCUUUAUUAAUAGUUUAACCAAUCUGCAGACGUUGUGGGGGCUGUCUAUAGGAAGCAACAGUCAUGUGGUGAAAUGGUUGAGCAAGUUAAGUAGCCUCAGAAAAUUGGGUUUGACCUAUGUUUACCAUCCUAAAACAGCAGAGGAAAUAGCUAACUGGGUUUCGAAACUUACCAAUCUUCAAUCCUUGAGGCUGAGAUCCCUUGAUCAAUCUGGCAAACCUUCAUGCCUCAAGUUGCCAGACAUGGGAGAUCUUGCCAAGCUCUCUGAGUUGUAUUUGGUGGGCGUCUUAUCAAAUUUUAAAUCAAUGUCUGAGAUUAAGUUUCACCCAAGUUGGAAAUCCUCACUUUGACAGGGUCUCAAUUACAGAACGAUUACCUGCUGCAAAAGCUGGGAGAGCUAUCCAAUCUUAAGUCCCUCAAGUUUUAUGGACAUUCAUAUUCUGGCAGUCAAAUUAUCAUCGACACCAAGCAAUUCGCACAACUAGCUGUGAUCAAACUGUGGGUGCUGGAGAAACUGGAGAUUUUGGAAAUCAAGGGAGGAGAAAUGCCCAAUCUUAAAGAAUUAAACAUCAGAUGCUGUCAUAAUCUGAAAGAAAUUAAAGGACAGAAGCAACAUUCAUAUUCUGAUGGUCAAAUUAUCAUCGACACCAACCAAUUCCCACGACUAGCUGUGAUCAAACUGUGGGAGCUGGAGAAACUGGAGAUUUUGGAAAUCAAGGGAGGAGGAAUGCCCAAUCUUACAGAAUUAAACAUCAGAUGCUGUCAUAAUCUGAAAGAAAUUAAAGGACAGAAGCAACAUUCAUAUUCUGAUGGUCAAAUUAUCAGCGACACCAACCAAUUCCCACAACUAGCUGUGAUCAAACUGUGGGAGUUGGAGAAACUGGAGAUUUUGGAAAUCAAGGGAGGAGCAAUGUCCAAUCUUAAAGAAUUAGACAUCGGAUGCUGUCAUAAUCUGAAAGAAAUUAAAGGACAGAAGCAACAUUCAUAUUCUGAUGGUCAAAUUAUCAUCGACACCAACCAAUUCCCACAACUAGCUGUGAUCAAACUGCGGGAGUUGGAGAAACUGGAGAUUUUGGAAAUCAAGGGAGGAGCAAUGUCCAAUCUUAAAGAAUUAGACAUCGGAUGCUGUCAUAAUCUGAAAGAAAUUAAAGGACUGAAGCAGCUGGCUGGUGGCUUGAAGACAAUGACCUUAACAAGUAUGCCUGCAGAUUUUGUUCAAAGAGUAACAAGUGAAGUGGACAAAAAACAGUUAGCUGUUGCUUCCAGGACUUGCCGACAUACACAAUCGGUAAAUGCAACAAACUGAUCAGGGAGGAAAAGAAGAACACAUCGACAGAGCUUGGAGCCUGGAGGGAAUUUCAAAUAUGGUUUGAGUUUCUAAUUUCUAUGUAUUUUUUCCAUCCUAUGUGUGAAUGAGUUGUGUUAUGACCUAUUGUCUCUUGUAAUAUAUUUUCUGUUGUAUUGUUGUGAGAGUGUUAUGCAUAAUAAAAUUCGAAAAAGACAAAAAUAAAUAAGAUAAAA